AUGGCUCUUAGAGAGGAAUCAUCACCUACAAACUCAGACAUCAUGUACCACCAAUGUAAUUCACACUUGCAAACUCAACCACAAAGUGGCAUGCAAAAGAGAAGGGCAGGGAGGAAGAAGUUCCAGGAGACGCGGCACCCGGUCUACAAAGGCGUUCGGGAAAGGAAUGGGAAAUGGGUUUGCGAGCUUAGGCAACCUAAAAAGAAAUCUCGUGUAUGGCUCGGGACUUGGCCUUGUCCAGACAUGGCUGCUAAGGCUUAUGAUGUAGCUGCCUUAGCUCUCAAGGGCGAGUCUGCUUCUUUGAAUUUUCCUGAAGCGGCAUGUGUUCUACCACGCGUUAAAUCUUCAUCUUCCAUAAGAGACAUACAGUGUGCUGCAACAAAGGCUGCACAGGCAUUUCCUUGUGUAAAUCCAUCAUGUUCUUCUUCAUUCUCGUCCUCAUCGUUGCCUUUGUCCUUGUCCAUGGCUGCAGCUUCUAGAAAAUUGUUCUUGGACGAGGAGGAGUUGUUUAACAUGCCGAGGUUACUUGAUAGUAUGGCAGAGGGGUUGAUUAUUACACCCCUAUCCAUGCAAAAGGGGUUCAAUUGGGAUGAUUUGGAAAAUAAUACUAUGGACCUCACUCUAUGGAGAGACUGA